AUGGCUCUCCUGGAAAUCGCCUGUUUCACACCGGAAAGCGCAAUAAGGGCAUAUGAUGCGGGAGCAGAUCGCAUCGAGCUCUGCGAUGAUCGAGAGGCGGGCGGGACAACACCUUCUAUGGAGACGCUACGAGCCGUGAAGGAGCAGGUCACGGUUCCCGUCUAUGUGAUGAUUAGAGCGCGAGGUGGGAACUUCGUCUACACGGAGGCAGAGUUUGGAAGAAUGCUGGACGACGUUGACAGGUUCAAAGCAAGCGCAGAGGGCUUUGUGUUCGGAGUACUGGGUGACGGCAAUGAUGUAGAUAUCGAGCGGACAACACAACUGGUUGCAAGAGCUUCGCCUCUGCCAUGCACCUUCCAUCGUGCGUUCGACGAAGCUCAGGAUCAGCUGCAAGCGCUCGAGGACGUUAUGGGUUGUGGAUGCAAAGCCAUCCUGACAUCAGGAGGAGCGCCAAAUGCAGCAGCUGGAGCAGUUUCACUGGCUAAGCUCGUCGAGCAAGCAGAAGGCCGCAUCCAGAUCAUCGUCGGCGGCGGCGUCAGAUCAGAAAACGCUGCAGAGCUUGCUGAAGUCACAAAAGCCAAAGCUUAUCACUCCUCGGCCAUCCUUGAGGGAUGCGCUGAUGUCGACAUGGACGAGGUCCGGCAGCUCAAAGCACUCCUAUGCCAACCACAGGUCCAUGCGGCGGCGUCUCCGCAUCCUGCGCAACAGGCGCGGUAUAUCGCCAAGAUGGGCAGUAGUGCUUCAUAUAUGGCUGCCGUCUCCGCUGGCCCUAACACGCCUAAGGAUGAGAUGGAGCGGCGACUGAGAUGA